AUGGGUAGAUCAAGAGAGAGAGAAAGAGAGAAAGAAAAAAGUAAAAGAUCAAGAUCAAGAUCUAAGAAAAAAGAUAGCGAUAAAAGGGAUGCAGAGAGAAAAAGAAGUCGUGAAAGACGCUCAAGCAGAGAUAGAAAAUAAAGUAGGUCAAGAUCUAAAGACAGAAAGAGAUCAAAAGAUAGAAAAAAUAAAAACUCAAGCAAAUCAGUUGAGAGAAAAAGAAAUAACUCUCGAAGCAAGUCCAGAGAUAGAAAGAAAGGAAAAUCAAAUAAAUCAAGAAGUAGAUCUAAAGACAGAAAGAGAAGAUCUUCUAAAUCAUAGACUAGAAACAAAAGAUCUAAAAGCAAAUCUGAAUAAAGAUCUAAAAAAAAUAGACGUGAUUCCAAAAGCAGAUCAAAGGAAAGAAGUUAAAAAAACGAAGGACAAUCAUCCUCUCAAUAAAAAAUAAAUGAUGAAAAGGAUAAUAAAAAAACAAAUUCAUCACAAGAUGUGAAUAAAGAUAGCGAAAACGGAAAAUCAUAAAGUGAAAAUAAUUUGCAAGAAUAAAAUAGCCAUUAAAAUAAAGAGCAUCAAGAUUAAUCAAAAAGAAAACAAUAAAAAAAAGACAAUAAUAGUAGAAGUGGAAGCAGAAGUAGCAGUAGUAGCCAAUCAAGAGAUGAUAAUGAUGAUUCAAGAGGAGAGGAAAUGGAUGAAGAAGAAGAAGAUGAUGGUCAAGAUGAUCUAUAAUAAUAAAUGAUAUAAAUGCUAGGUAUAACUGGUUUUGCUUCUUCAAAAGGGAAAGACCAUAAUGGAACUGCAAAAGAAUCAGUAUUCCUUUGUAGAAAAGAAAAAAGAAAAUAUAGAAGAUAUAUGAAUAGAAAAGGUGGUUUUAAUAGAGCCUUAGAUAAAAUGGAUUGA